AGUCGAGUACACACACGCACAGAGGGCUAACCAACACAGUUUUACACAACGUUACCCCGUACGGAGGUUAUCCCUCGCAGCGCUAUCAUACGCGUGAUCAUCACAGACCUACAGGAUGCGUGUGGUGGUGUUCCUGCUGGCGGCGACGGUGCUGCUGUCUCCGUCCGAGUGCCAACGGUCCAGGCUGGAGCAGAUUGUGACCAACUUUGUGGGCAGUGUCGGCAACUUCGGCAGUAGGAUCAGUAACGGCAUGCUAAGCAGGACUUUUGGCGGCAACAACAGCCUGAGAGAGGCCCCUGCCCGCCAGCGUCAACAUCUCGCCAGACAGCAGCAGUCAUCCACCGCCUCCGCUCCGCUGGACGACGACUCCUUAUCAGCUCCGAACGCCCCUCAACAGACACACUCACAGCAUCAACAGUCACAGCUACAACAUUCCCAUUCACAGCAGCAACAGCCAUACCAGCAACAGCAAGAGCCCCAGCAGCAGCAGCAGCAGCAGAAAGGACCUCGGCAGGUUGUUCGCCAGAACCGCAAUCGUCUAUCUUUCCGACAAAUGGUUGGCGGAACUGUCUCGAGGAUUAUGAACAUGAUUCCCAGGUUUCGCCGAAGAUCCUCCAACCGUCACCGCAAUACACGCAACGUCCAGCACGAGUGAGAGCACUGAGGUCAGCAGGGUGACGGGUACCUCGGCUUCAGCAGGGUCGGUGGGGCAUGUGGUGCAACAGAUGGGCAGCGGAACGAGCCCCAACACCCGACACAGUGCCUUCCCUGCCAACCUCUCUCCCCAUCAUAACCCUGUAUAUACACAUGCAAAGCGACCCGGUAUGAUCCACGUCCAUAGUGCCUCCCGUGGGCGGCCUCCCCAUUACUCUCACAACAUCCGUCCACUCCAUAGGGAAGCCAAGCGGCCACCUUCAGCUUCCUGGGGUCAAAGGGACACACCAGAGGUAUUGUCCCCAGGCCCACCUUAUUCAUCCUCCCCUGCCAGGUACCGUCGCGACUACGAUCUGAUCUUAGAUAGUGGUCGGGUGCUUAGCGGGGCGACGGGGCAAAUCCUAGGGCCACGGGGCCACUCAGACGAUCAUGGCAGAAGAUCGAGACGCAGCUGAGAUGGUCUGGGUGUCAGGUCAUAAACAAUCCUCCGCGCGACACUGCCCGAGGUAGUCACACAUUCAUAGUCGCAUCACCCGCCACGCCCCGGAUCCGGAGAAUAAGUCCCACACCCUCCAAGUCGAGGAUCUUCACUAAUUUCGCGACGCUGGUAUGGUCAACACAAACCUUCACGCUUACCCCAUCCUCCCUUCACACUUUAGCGUAAAAUUUCUCCUCCAGUCCACACAUCUCGCCUCCAAAUGUGGGUCUGUUAGUACAAUUGUUUCUGCUUAUAAAAACAACUCGAGAUUUUAUGAUUUGCUUCUUCCCCUUCGACCAUAAUAUAGGUAUGCUUCUACUUUUGGAUAUCUUUUCUACGUUGAUACAUCCACAAUGCUUCUAUUUUAGGCCAAGAUACCUAGUAAUUGAGCUCUUAAAUCACCCAAAAAUGUAAAUAUUACAACCAAUCAUUUUUGAGUCUCUAAAUGUUCAGGAUUUUCAUCUUCAAUCAUUCGUGUGUUGUGAAUGUGUGGUACACCCUUUUCCCUUCACCCUCACACCAACACCUACACCACAUUUCAACACCCCGUCCACACCUUCACCCAUACGUCCACCACAACCCAAACACACCUUCACCAACACCUCAGCCCUACCACCGCACCUUCGUUUACAUCUUACAGCCCUACCACAGCCCCUUCCACGUCCUCUUCCACAUCCUCUUCCAUGUUGUUGUUGAGAUUUAGCUACUCAGAAUGAAAUGUCCAUGUAGUACGGGCUAUGGUGAGCCCGUAACCCUUUUCCACAUUCUCUCGAAACAUAUACCACUUAGGGCUACUCAUGCCUUUGCCACCUCUUGGGUGACUUAAUUUUUAUCAGUCAGUCAAUCAAUUCUCUUCCACGCUUCGCAAGACCAACACCCCCGUCAUACCUCACCCAUACAACACCAUACCCUCACCUUAACAACCCCACCACAUCCUCAUUAACAAUGCUCCAUUACCUACACCCCAAUACACCCACCACACCCCCCCCACACCCUCACAAAAAGCGUCCGAAUUCAUCCACAAGCACGAGACAUCUCCCGUCACGCAGAGUGCACUUGCACCUCCACAGAUCUCCAGUAUCAGCUCUUGAUACUGGUGAUGGCUCGAAAGGGCCACCACUUACGAGCUAUUCA